CCGCGACCGACUCUCGAAUUCACAUCCAGUCACCGUAGACUGUUCAAGUCGUCGUUUUGUCCGGCUACCUUCCCGGCGGGAAUCGCCCGCCUCUGAACCUCCCGUCAUCCGUAACUGCCAAAAUGUCUUCAGGAACGGGGGGCGGAGGGCUCUUCAGCCGGAACAACUCCGGCAAUGUGCCCACUAUGCGAGGACUUGUAUCGUUCAUUGCCGACUUGAGGAAUGCCCGAGCUCGAGAGUUGGAAGAGAAGCGAAUAAAUAAGGAGUUGGCAAACAUAAGGCAAAAGUUCAGAGAUGGCGGUCUCAAUGGUUAUCAAAAGAAGAAAUACGUCUGCAAGCUUCUGUAUAUAUACAUUCUCGGUUGGAACGUCGACUUCGGACACCUUGAGGCGGUCAACCUCAUUUCGGCCACCAAGUAUUCGGAAAAGCAAAUCGGUUAUCUCGCCGUCACAUUGUUCUUACACGAGCAGCACGAGCUAUUGCAUCUCGUCGUCAACAGCAUUCGCAAAGACCUCCUGGAUCAUAACGAACUCAAUAAUUGCCUGGCAUUGCAUGCUAUUGCAAACGUGGGAGGCAAAGAAAUGGGGGAGGCAUUGAGCCCUGAUGUGCAUCGCCUCCUGAUAUCUCCUGCGUCCAAAGCGUUCGUGAAAAAGAAGGCCGCACUGACCUUGUUGCGCCUGUACCGCAAGUCCCCCAGCAUCGUCCAAAAUGAGUGGGCAGAGCGAAUAAUAUCGUUGAUGGACGAUCCAGACAUGGGCGUCGCGCUUUCCGUAACGUCACUUGUCAUGGCGCUAGUGCAGGACAACCAAGAGCAGUACAAAGGGAGUUAUAUCAAGGCUGCUAACCGGUUGAAGAGAAUCGUGGUAGAUGGAGAAUGUGCUGAGAGUUACUUCUACUACAAAGUGCCUUGUCCUUGGAUACAAGUCAAACUCCUCAGGCUUCUCCAGUACUAUCCACCUCCUGAGGACUCUCAUAUCCGAAAGCUCAUUCGCGAAGCAUUGCAGAAAAUCAUGGAUUCCGCCCUGGACAUACCGAAGAAUGUACAACAAAAUAAUGCCCAGAACGCUGUCCUGUUUGAGGCUAUCAAUCUCAUCAUCCACCUAGAUACAGAGCAGGACCUGAUGGUGCAGAUUUCAGAGCGACUGGGAAAGUUUAUUGCCUCUCGAGAAACCAACGUCCGAUACCUGGGUCUUGAGGCUAUGACACAUUUGGCCGCACGAUCCGAGACUUUGGAUCCCAUCAAGAGACAUCAGAGCAUAAUCAUUGGCUCACUGCGCGAUAGAGACAUCAGUGUUCGCCGGCAGGGCCUCGAUCUUUUGUACAGCAUGUGUGACCCCACCAACGCACAGGGCAUCGUGAACGAGCUUCUGAGGUAUUUGCAAUCCGCCGAUUAUGCCAUAAGGGAGGAAAUGGUGUUGAAGAUCGCGAUUCUCACAGAGAAAUAUGCUACAGACGUGCAGUGGUAUGUCGACAUAUCACUGCGGCUCAUAGCCAUGGCCGGUGACCACGUCAGCGACGAAGUCUGGCAACGCGUCAUUCAGAUCGUUACGAAUAACGAGGAGCUGCAGGUAUAUGCCGCACAGAACAUCCUCCAGUACGUCAAAGGAGAUUGCCAUGAAACACUCGUCAAGAUCGGAGCUUAUCUUCUGGGGGAGUUCGGGCAUCUUAUUGCAGACAACAAGGGCUGCAGUCCCAUUGAACAGUACAUUGCCCUGAACUCCAAGAUACGGAGUUGUUCUUCAAGCACAAGGGCAAUCAUCCUGUCCUGCUUCAUUAAGUUCGUCAACUUGUUCCCGGAAAUCAAACCGCAAUUGCUGCAAGCAUUCAACGCCUUCAGUCAUUCCCUGGAUUCGGAGUUACAGCAACGAGCUUGCGAAUACCUUGCACUCGCGACUAUGCCGACCGACGACCUCUUGAGAACGGUGUGCGAUGAAAUGCCACCAUUCCCCGAGAGAACAUCUGCCUUGUUAUCUCGACUCCACCAGAAGCAUGCCACAACCAGCGAUAAGCGUACAUGGGUGGUCGGUGGCAAGGCUGCGAACGCCGAUCCUAAUGAGGUCAAUCUGGCGCGUCAGGGCACUGGUUUGAAACGCAGCUUUACGAAUGCGGGUGCUUCAAGAGCGGAAGGUGCCUCUGCCAAUGGCAGUGCAGCGAACGGAGUUAGUUCUAUUACGAACGAUCUCGCUGGUCUGGAUAUGAGUAUGGAAGCCAGUAACGGUUCGAAGGCUCCAAAUCUCGCCAGUGCCGCACAUUUGAGUCCCGAUUGGGAAGUUGGGUACAAUCGCCUACUGCUUCGCGCUGAGGGCGUGCUAUACGAGGAUGCGCAAAUACAAGUGGGCCUAAGAACAGAGUACCGUGGGCACCUAGGUUGCGUCAUAUUCUACUUCACCAACAAGUCUUCAUUCCCAAUGGGCUCUUUUACGACCACGUUAGACAACAAAUCGGCCGAAAACUUGAAGACUGAUAUCAAGGGACUGCCGGACACCACCAUACCCCCUGAGGGUCAGACUCAGCAAACUAUCAUGUUCGAAGCGAAGAAUGUCUUUGAGAAUGCGCCCACCUUCCGAAUAUCAUACCUUGCUGGAGCUCUACAGGGGCUUACGUUACAACUGCCCGUUGUUCUCCACAAGUACAUGGAUGCCGCCGAACUUGGCGCUGAGGACUUCUUCAAGAGGUGGAAGCAGAUUGGCGGGGCGCCCCGGGAAGCUCAGAGAAUAUUCGGUUUGGUUAACGAAAGACGGACGAUGAACAUGGAAUAUGUUAGGAAAGUGGUGCAAGGCUUCAAGUGGGGCAUCCUAGACAAUGUGGAUCCAAACACCAAGAACAUUGUCGGCGCUACGGUUUUACAUACGAGCGAAGGUGGGAAAUUUGGCUGCCUGUUGCGGUUGGAACCAAAUUUUGAGAGCAAGAUGUUCCGCAUCACCGUUCGUGCAACAGACGAAGCUGUUCCGCCCGUGCUGGUCAAGCUUAUGGAAGAGCGCCUUUCGCAGGGUAUCGAGGGACUGACGUAAUGUUGACUUAGUUCGUUGCUUCGGUUAUUGCAUUAUAUACAUUGGUUAUGACGUUCAGCGCGACGCACAUUCUCUUCUCUUUGUAGUUGUUGCCGUGGAGGAUGUUCUCGCGGGCUGGCGGCACUGUG